AUGAAAACUAUAGUACAAAGCUGCCUCACAGACUGCUACAAUGACCUUCCUCAGCCUGAGUUUGUUCUCUCGCCGGAGGAUUCCGAGCUAAACUACUUUUUGUGGAUGCCCGGGUUCAAGUACCAGCCGAGCUUCCAGGAAAAAUUGACUAAACUCAGGUCACUUUCCACAAAGUCGGAUAGUACUGUUCAGGAGGCUCUUGAGGAACUGAUUGAGGUUGAUGUGUUGGAGGAAAGCUUUAAAAAGAGGGCUAAAAAUGGAGUAUUGGAUGUUCACCUGGCGGGUGUGUUGGCGCGGGAACUCGGUGCUUCUCCUUCUCAGGCCGAUUUACUCGAGUUUGAGGCCACUUGCGGCAAAAGUGUAAAUUUUGACAAUUUUAAGGACUUUCUCGCCGUUUCAAUGUAUUCCAGUGAGAACAGGGAGUAUUUACAGGAUCUUUUAACAAGUUUCGAAAAUAUGUCUGGCGGUAUGACUUUGAGUAAAUUUGAGAACUUGAUGAGGAAUUACGGCGAGCCGUUGACGGAUUCUGAGCUGAAGGAGCUUUAUAAGCUGGUCCGGGUUGAAAAUAAUGUAGUUUUAUCGAGCGAUUUGUUGAAUUUGUUAAGGCCUGAAUGAAUUUAAUUUUCUCUGAUACAUGUUCACACAGAUUCAUGCCACACAUUUAUUUUUAGAUUUAGU